AUGAGUUUUAAGAAAUACGCACUGAUUACUGGAUCCAACAGUGGUCUUGGAUUUGGAAUUGCAACGCGUUUACUUGAGAAUGCGACUCCCGAAAUCGAAGAUGCUCCCGAGACAUUGACAAUUGUACUGACAUGUCGUUCAAAACAAAAAGCUGAAGAUGCGAUCUCUCGCUUAAGAGCGUUGUUUCCGAAAAGAAAACUGCAAUUGGAGUACGUUUUGCUCGAUUUGAGCGACAUGCACAAUGUGGAAAUGGCUGUACGUGCAAUUUCUACUCGAUACAAGAAGCUUGAUUAUGUUUACUUGAACGCUGGAGCUUGGGAUCUUGCAGGAAUUGACUGGGUAAAAGCCAUUUUUAGCACAUUGUUGAAUCCUAUUCAAGCAUUGACACACCCUACAUUCUACCGUGAGACGUCCGGUCGUACAACCAAAGAUGGUAUGGGCUUUAUUUUCCAAAGCAACGUUUUCGGACAUUAUUACUUGAAAAAACGCUUGGAGGAACUUGGCGUGCUGCAGAAAGCGACGAAACUAGUGCUUACAAGUAGUCUGGUUGCGGAACCCGACUCGCUCAAUUUGAAAGACAUUGAAUGUGUUUCUGGUGAUAAGCCAUACCAGUCGUCGAAACGUAUUUUGGACAUUCUUCACUUUAACGAAGUUGAGAAGGGUUGCUGCAAAUACAUGCAGUUCCUUUCCCACCCGGGAUUGUGUACUACUGGAAUGUAUGAGACAUUUAUUGGUCCAAUUAUGGUCUUCUUUGCGAAGCUCGGCUUUUGGUUCUGUCGUUUGCUUGGCAGUCCUUGGCACACGAUUUCACCUUAUAUUGCCGCCUUCUCAUUUAUUUGGUUGGCUUUAUAUGGCACGAAGGAGGAUGAGAGUGUGAAAUGGGGUUCUGGAACAACUCGUCUUGGUAAAGAAUGUCUUCGCCGUACGCCCGUUGACGAGAUUCUCCCUUCUGAAAAGGAAAAGGUAUCCGAAUACGUGAAUGGAUUGUAUAAGCAAUGGCACGAAAAACUUUCUCAGUAA